AUGAAGGACAAUAUAAUUUCUUCACCUAUAGUGCCUAAUAUAUCCUUGAAACUUGAAAUCUCCAUUUACUUUUAUUACACUUCAGGUGCAAUUGUAUUAGCCAUUUUCCUUCAUUUGCCAACACUUCACCAAAACGCUAAGAAAUACAUUCAGGAUCUUCACAUGCCACUUAGAAUUCCCGGUUUGCCAAAUAAUUUUACAGCAGAUGAUUACCCAUAUGAAUUGGAUUCUGAGAGUGAUGAAUUCAAGAUUAUGCUUGAAUCUGUAAAAACUAUGACAAAAAGUGUUGCAAUUAUUGUGAACACUUUUGAUGCUAUUGAAGGAAAAGCACUUGAACCUUUAAAUAAACGAAUGAUUAUUCCUAAUGGAACUACUCCUACAAUGUUCUCUAUUGGACCUCUGAUUACAUCUUCUUAUGGUGGAGAUGAAAAUGGGUGUCUGCGUUGGCUCGACUUGCAACCGAGUAAAAGUUUCGUGUUUUUAAGUUUUGGAAGCAUGGUGAGAUUUCCUAAGGCUCAAUUGAAAGAGAUAGCACUUGGUUUGGAAAAAAGUAAGCAAAGAUUCUUGUGGAUUGUUAGAAGUGAAUUGGACUUGGAAGACUUGUCACCAGAAGAGUUUUUGAAGAGGACAAAGGAAAAUGGAAUGGUUGUAAGAAAUUGGGCUCCACAAGGUGCAAUAUUGAGUCAUGAUUCAACUGAUGGGUUUGUGACUCAUUAUGGAUGGAACUCGGUGUUGCAAGCAGUUCGUGGAGGUGUGCCUAUGGUGGCAGGGCCUUUGUAUGCUGAACAAAGUCUGAACAAAGUGAUUUUGGUUGAAGAAAUGAAGGUGGCUUUGGAACUGAAUAAGUCAAAAGAUGGGUUUGUGAGUGGAAUUGAAUUAGGAGGCCAAAUUAAGGAAUUGAUGGACUCAUGUAAAGGAAACGAGAGUAAACAAAUGAUUUUCAAGACAAAAAUAAGUUCUAAGGAAGCAAGAGAUCAAAAUGGAAGUUUAUUUUUGAUUUAA